AUGAGCAAUAUUGUUGAAAAUAAAACACGUGAUCAUCAAUCUACUGAUAUAAUUAAAUCAAAUAUUAAUUCAGCAAAUAAUUUUGAUGUUCAACGUGUUUAUGAAACAUUUGUUGCUGCUUUACGUGAACCUGAUAAUCCUAAGUCACCGAUUGGUACACAAGACUAUAUGAAUGGCUAUCGAGAAUUAUUAAAAUUUGUUGAUCAACUUGGUUAUGUAUUUAAAUUUGUAAAAGAUGAUGUUAUAGAUAAAUUAGGAAUUUUACAAGCAUUUGUUGAUACAGAUAGAAAAAAAGGAACAUUACAUUAUGAUACAAUACAACAUGCAAUUGAUUAUGAAACUGAACAAAAUAUAAUUAAAACAAAUCCAGAUAAUAAUUUUACUCGUACUUUAUUACGACUUCAUCGUGCAUUAAUUUUUAUUGUUCAAUUACUUCAAGGUUUAAAUGAUAGGCCAUUAUCAGAAAGUACUUCAACAAUUGCUUCAACUUGUUAUAAAGCAACAUUAUAUAAUCAUCAUAGUUUUUUGGUUCGUGGUACAGUCAAAGUUGGAUUUCAUAUAUUACCCUCUCGUAAAGAAUUAGAUGAUGCUAUAUUUCAUGGUCAUAAAACUGAAUUAUUAGAGCAAUAUAUGACAUUCGUAAAAAUAAUUAAGCAAAUAUAUGAUACCGUUGAAGCAUACUAUGCUGAAAAAAACUAUUUACAAUUACCAUAA